UACCAUCGCCGUGUGACUCUGCGCUGGAACAAACACUGCAAAGAUGACUUGCCGGCCUAUUUAAACCGCUCCCGGGGCCACAGAUUGUGUCAAUUCAAUCAAGAACGAUUGCUCCGUAAGGGCAACAGUAACAGUGACAGUGAAUAGUUAGCCUCAGUAUUACACCAACCAAGCGCCCUUCAUCAUGGCCAGCCGGAAGAUAACUCCCAUGUUUAACGAUUACGUGUACGAAGCGAUCCGACGGAUCGCGGUCGAGCAGGGCUUUACGCCGGAUCUGUUUUCGGUGGAUUUUGACGAGGAGACACGGCUCGAGUGUGACGGGUACGUGAGCUUUGUGUUCAAGGCCAUCAUCAAUGGAGAUGACCGGGAGUUUACGCUGUGGUGCAAGGUGCCGCCGAACGAUGACAAACGUUCACUGGAGUUGUUCAAGCGUGAGUGCUUCUUCUACCGGGAAACGCUGCACGGUUUUUACGAGUUCCAGGCGGAAAAAGGUGUGUCGGAGGAGUCUGGUGACGGGUUUUACGCGACUCCCAAAUGUUACCUGGCACAUUGCAACACCGACAAACCGGAACCCGAAGCAUUGAUCAUGCUGGAGUACAACGAAGCGUUUGAGAAAUGGGACUGGGACAAGCUGGAACCAAUCAACCUGGAACAUACGCGAUUGGUGAUGCAGCAGCUCGGUCGGCUGCAUGCAAUGUCGUUCGCGAUGAAGGAACAGCGACCCGAAACGUUCGAGCAGUACAAGCAGGUGGUCUCUGGAGAGCAGGGUAGCGGUUUGAUCACCCUUAUGAAGGAAUCGUUCGAUCGCGCACUCACCACCAUGAAAACUAGGUUCGAGUCGGAACAGGAGCGUAUCACCGCGGUGAAGGAUGCUGUGUUCGAGAGUCUGAAAACGAGUUGUGAUCCGACCACAGCGGAACCGUACUGUGUUGUCACGCACGGAGACUGCUGGAUCAAUAACUUAAUCUACUCGCAUAAUGAGAAUAACGUGGCAACUGGUGUUAUCUUGACCGACUGGCAAUCGUCUCGGUACGCUUCGCCCAUCCUGGAUCUGUGCUACUUCUUCUUCAUCUCAGCAGGUGAGCAGUUCCGACGGGAUCAUAUGGACGCCUUGCUGCACCAUUACCAUGCCUCGUUGGCCGACUUUCUUACCAAACUCGGUGGGGACGCAACGCGUCAGUUCCCGCUGACCACACUGUUGAGGCUUAUGAAGCCGUACCGUGAUUUACUCGGGAGCUAGUUGCCUGCAUAUCCCGCGAUCGCGUUGCGUAUCGUUAGCCGUAUUCCGUUGUAAUGGAACGCAUCUGAAACUGUGAUCGGAACAGUGGUUACCGAUCCGAUGCGAUGCGCGGGACCAUCGUUAGGCACCAAUGUGCAAAGUGACGUGAAAUGGUUAUUCCGCAAGCCAGUGAACAAGUCCUGCACGAUAAAGAGACGUGUACGUUGAGACAUACCUGUAAUGGGGGGGCUCGUAUUGAUUGUACGCUCGUAAAUAUAAAGUUAGAUAAGAUA